AUGGCACCAACACCUCAAUCACCGUUGGACCUCCUUCUUUUGCCGACACUCCAGCUGCCGUCCAGCCCGGCAUCCCUGAGAUCAGCAUACAAGUUGACUCUUGAGACUCUUCUCCCGAAGCUCGCUCAAACAAGCGCCUCGCCAAUUCCCAGGCUGGAUGUCGCUCUGGUGCUCCCAUCCUCCUAUCCAGUCAGCCCUAACAUAUCCCGCUCCGCCAGCUAUCCCCUGCUCCAGACGCUCUUUUCACACACCUACAGUCUCAUCUGCUCGGUUGCCGCCCAGUCGAAUGUCGAACUAGACUUCCCUGGAGGCUUAGAUGUACGGAUAUUCAUCCUGGAGCCGCGAUUGAGCAGUCUUUCCCCGUCUGUGCAAGGCAAACAAUAUCUCUCCGGCCCAAUCAUUGACUUCAGCACGUUUGCCUCAUCGACUCCCUCUCGCCAGUACACGACACUCUACACCGUCGAAGGCGAGACGGGGGAAUCCCACCUCAGAGCCCUCGUAACAGCCUGGCAGUCACGGCAAGGCGGCAUCGCCCCUCCGGUUCAGCGCUUACCCUGCGGCCCGUCUGUCAACAACCCAAGCGUCUCAGUGUCAUCCUACACAGAUGAUGGCCCUGUGACAAUCCACAAAUCUGUCGCAGACGGAGGCACCUUCGACCACUUACACAUCGGACACAAACUUCUCCUUACAGGCACUGUGCUUGUGGCUGAGCCGUCUGACCCAUCCGCUCCCGUCAAAACGCCGCGUCUCAUCACGGUAGGCAUUACGGGCGACGAGCUCCUCGUGAAUAAGAAGUACGGAGCAGUCGUGGAAUCAUGGGCGACCCGCCAGCAGCGUGCAGCAGAGUUUAUUGAAUCCAUCUUAGUUUUCCACGCGGACAUCGCGUCGAUCAAAAAGACAGAACAUAUCGACCAGCCCGGACCAAAUGGAAAAGUCGUCCGUGUCACCUACGGCGGGGACAUCACCAUCAACUACACACAAAUCUCCGACCCAUUUGGGCCAACAAUUACAGAUGAAAAUAUCACGGCACUGGUCAUCUCCGGCGAGACGCGUGCCGGUGGAAAGGCCGUCAACGAUAAAAGACUCGAGAAGGGAUGGAAGGCCCUCGAAGUGUUUGAAGUCGACGUGCUGGACGCAGGGGUUGGUCUCGACGACACUGAAGGGCAGCAACAGCGACAGGAUAAGCAGAACUUCGAGAGUAAGAUCAGUAGCACGGAAAUAAGAAGGAGGCUGUAUGAAAAAGGGGUGAGUUCGACGUCGUGA